AUGACAAAAAAGUUACAAAGAGACCGUUCUGCUUUAGAUAUUGAAUCUAGUAAACAAGUUGAUUAUCUUAAAGACGAAGUUGCAUAUAGGCUUGUUGAUAGAUUGUUGGAUAUUAAGCGAAAGUAUGAUACAAUUGUUGAUUUAGGUUGCGGAUGUGGGCAUGUAGUAAAACAUAUAGAUCAAGAUAUAACAAAAAAAUUGUUGAUGUGUGACAUGUCAGAGAAAAUGCUAGAAAGGGAUAAAAAUAUGAAAUUUGAUGUUGAAGUUGAACGAAUUGUAGUAGAUGAGGAAUUACUCCCAUUCGCGGAGAAUUCUGUGGAAGCUGUAAUAAGUAAUCUUUCAUUACAUUGGGUAAACGAUUUGCCAGGUACAAUGAUUCAAAUUCAAAGAUCUUUGAAACCGGAUGGUUUAUUUCUAGCUUCGAUGUUUAGUGGUGACACUUUAUUUGAACUCAGGACAUCGUUGCAAUUGGCAGAAUUGGAACGUGAACAGGGCGUUUCUCCGCGAGUUUCCCCAAUGAUAGAUAUUCGUGAUGUUGGAAGUUUACUUGCUCGCGCAGGAUUUACUUUAACGACAAUAGACGUUGAUGAUAUUAUAGUAAACUAUCCUACAAUGUUUGAGUUAAUAAAAGAUUUAAAAGCGAUGGGUGAAAGCAAUGCUGUAUUGGCAAGGAGACCGUUUUUGAAAAGAGAUACACUUUUAGCUGCUGCUGCAAUUUAUAAAGAUCUUCAUGGAAAUUCGGACGGCACCAUACCUGCAACUUUUCAGAUCGGGUGGAAGCCUGAUGUUUCACAAUCAAAACCAAAACCUAGAGGUUCCGCUACAAUGUCAUUAAAAGACAUGUUAGAAAAAUAA